GUGACGGGAAAGGGGGAGUUCGCGGCCGGUGGCGGCGGCGGCGACAGCGGCGACCUGGGGAUCGAUCUGGAGGGACUUGGGGAGCGUGCAGAGACCUCUAGCUCGAGCGCGAGGGACCUCCCGCCGGGAUGCCUGGGGAGCAGAUGGACCCUACUGGAAGUCAGUUGGAUUCAGAUUUCUCUCAGCAAGAUACUCCUUGCCUGAUAAUUGAAGAUUCUCAGCCUGAAAGCCAGGUUCUAGAAGAUGAUUCUGGUUCUCACUUCAGUAUGCUAUCUCGACACCUUCCUAAUCUUCAGACGCACAAAGAAAAUCCUGUAUUGGAUGUUGUGUCCAAUCCUGAACAAACAGCUGGAGAAGAACGGGGAGACAGUAAUAGUGGGUUCAAUGAACAUUUGAAAGAAAACAAGGUUGCAGACCCUGUGGAUUCUUCUAACUUGGACACAUGUGGUUCCAUCAGUCAGGUCAUUGAGCAGUUACCUCAGCCAAACAGGACAAGCAGUGUUCUGGGAAUGUCAGUGGAAUCUGCUCCUGCUUUGGAGGAAGAGAAGGGAGAAGAGUUGGAACAGAAGGAGACAGAGAAGGAAGAAGAUACUUCGGGCAAUACUACACAUUCCCUUGGUGCUGAAGAUACUGCCUCAUCACAGUUGGGCUUUGGGGUUCUGGAACUCUCCCAGAGCCAGGAUGUUGAGGAAAAUACUGUGCCAUGUGAAGUGGACAGAGAGCGUCUACAGUCAGUAACCACCAACUCUGGUUAUACCAGGCUAUCUGAUGUGGAUGCUAAUGCUGCGAUUAAGCACGAAGAACAGUCCAAUGAAGAUAUCCCCAUAGCAGAACGGUCCAGCAAGGACAUCCCUGUGACAGCACAGCCCAGUAAGGAUGUACAUGUUAUAAAAGAGCAAAAUCCACCACCUGCAAGGUCAGAGGACAUGCCUUUUAGCCCCAAAGUGUGUCUUGCUGCUAUGGAAGCAAAAGAACAGUUGUCUGCACAGGAACUUACGGAAUGUGGACUGCAGAUUCAGAAGUCACCAGAGCCUGAGGUUUUGUCAACGCAGGAAGACUUGUUUGACCAGAGCAAUAAAACAGUAUCUUCUGAUGGUUGCUCUACUCCUUCAAGGGAGGAAGGUGGGUGUUCUUUGGCUUCCACACCUGCCACCACUCUGCAUCUCCUGCAGCUGUCUGGUCAGAGGUCCCUUGUUCAGGAGAGUCUUUCCACGAAUUCCUCAGAUCUUGUUGCUCCUUCUCCUGAUGCUUUCCGAUCUACUCCUUUUAUCGUUCCUAGCAGUCCCACAGAGCAAGAAGGGAGACAAGAUAAGCCAAUGGACAUGUCAGUGUUAUCUGAAGAAGGAGGAGAGCCUUUUCAGAAGAAACUUCAAAGUGAUGAACCAGUAGAAUUAGAAAACCGCCCUCUCCCACCUGAGCCCACUGUAUCACCACAAGCCUCAACACCAAUAUCUCAGAGCACACCAGUCUUCACUCCUGGGUCACUUCCUAUCCCAUCCCAGCCUCAGUUUUCUCAUGACAUUUUUAUUCCCUCCCCAAGUCUGGAAGAACAAUCAAAUGAUGGGAAGAAAGAUGGAGAUUUGCAUAGUUCAUCUUUGACAGUUGAAUGUUCUAAAACUUCAGAGAUUGAACCAAAGAAUUCCCCUGAGGAUCUUGGGCUAUCGUUGACAGGGGAUUCUUGCAAGUUGAUGCUUUCUACAAGUGAAUAUAGUCAGUCCCCAAAAAUGGAGAGCUUGAGUUCUCACAGGAUUGAUGAAGAUGGAGAAAACACACAGAUUGAGGAUACGGAACCCAUGUCUCCAGUUCUCAAUUCUAAAUUUAUUCCUGCUGAAAAUGAUAGUAUCUUGAUGAAUCCAGCACAGGAUGGUGAAGUACAACUGAGUCAGAAUGAUGACAAAACAAAGGGAGAUGACACAGACACCAGGGACGACAUUAGUAUUUUAGCCAGUGGUUGCAAGGGCAGAGAAGAAACGGUAGCGGAAGAUGUUUGUAUUGAUCUCACUUGUGAUUCGGGGAGUCAGGCAGUUCCUUCACCAGCUACUCGAUCUGAGGCACUCUCCAGUGUGUUAGAUCAGGAGGAAGCUAUGGAAAUUAAAGAACACCAUCCAGAGGAGGGGUCUUCAGGGUCUGAGGUGGAAGAAAUCCCUGAGACACCUUGUGAAAGUCAAGGAGAGGAACUUAAAGAAGAAAAUAUGGAGAGUGUCCCAUUGCACCUUUCUCUGACUGAAACUCAGUCCCAAGGGCUGUGUCUUCAAAAGGAAAUCCCCAAAAAAGAAUGCUCAGAAGCUAUGGAAGUUGAAACCAGUGUGAUUAGUAUUGAUUCCCCUCAAAAGUUGGCGAUACUUGACCAAGAAUUGGAACAUAAGGAUCAGGAAGCUUGGGAAGAAGCUACUUCAGAGGACUCCAGUGUUGUCAUUGUAGAUGUGAAAGAGCCAUCUCCCAGAGUUGAUGUUUCUUGUGAACCUUUGGAGGGAGUGGAGAAGUGCUCAGAUUCCCAGUCAUGGGAGGAUGUUGCUCCAGAAGUAGAACCAUGUGCUGAGAAUAGAUUAGAUACUAAGGAAGAAAAGAGUGUAGAAUAUGAAGGAGUUCUGAAAUCAGGGACUGCAGAAACAGAACCUGUAGAGGAAGACUCUUCACAGCCUCCCUUACCUUUAGUUAGAGCAGAUGAUCCUCUGAGACUUGACCAGGAGUUGCAGCAGCCCCAGACUCGGGAGAAAACAAAUAAUUCAUUAACAGAAGAUUCAAAAAUGGCUAAUGCAAAGCAGCUAAACGCAGGUGCAGAGGCCCAGAAGCUGGGGAAGCCCUCUGCCCAUGCCUCACAAAGCUUCUGUGAAAGUUCUAGUGAAACACCAUUUCAUUUCACUUUGCCUAAAGAAGGUGAUAUCAUCCCACCAUUGACUGGUGCAACCCCACCUCUUAUUGGGCACCUAAAAUUGGAGCCCAAGAGACACAGUACUCCUAUUGGUAUUAGCAACUAUCCAGAAAGCACCAUAGCAGCCAGUGAUGUCAUGUCUGAAAGCAUGGUGGAGACCCAUGAUCCCAUACUUGGGAGUGAAAAAGGGGAUUCUGGGGCUGCCCCAGACAUGGAUGAUAAAUUAUGUCUAAGAAUGAAACUGGUUAGUCCUGAGACUGAGGCGAGUGAAGAGUCUUUGCAGUUCAACCUGGAAAAGCCUGCAACUGGUGAAAGAAAAAAUGGAUCUACUGCUGUUGCUGAGUCUGUUGCCAGUCCCCAGAAGACCAUGUCUGUGUUUAGCUGUAUCUGUGAAGCCAGGCAAGAGAAUGAGGCUGGAAGUGAGGAUCCCCCCACUGCACCCAUCAGGGGGAACUUGCUCCACUUUCCAAGUUCUCAAGGAGAAGAGGAGAAAGAAAAAUUGGAGGGUGACCAUACAAUCAGGCAAAGUCAACAGCCUAUGAAGCCCAUUAGUCCUGUCAAGGACCCUGUUUCUCCUGCUUCCCAGAAGAUGGUCAUACAAGGGCCAUCCAGUCCUCAAGGAGAGGCAAUGGUGACAGAUGUGCUAGAAGACCAGAAAGAAGGACGGAAUACUAAUCAGGAAAAUCCUAGUAAGGCCUUGAUUGAAAGGCCCAGCCAAAAUAACAUAGGAAUCCAAACCAUGGAGUGUUCCCUGAGGGUCCCAGAAACUGUUUCAGCAGCAACCCAGACUAUAAAGAAUGUGUGUGAGCAGGGGACCAGUACAGUGGACCAGAACUGUGGAAAGCAAGAUGCCACAGUUCAGACUGAGAGGGGGAGUGGUGAGAAACCAGUCAGUGCUUCUGGGGAUGAUACAGAGUCACUCCAUAGCCAGGGAGAAGAAGAGUUUGAUAUGCCUCAGCCUCCACAUGGCCAUGUCUUACAUCGUCACAUGAGAACAAUCCGGGAAGUACGCACACUUGUCACUCGUGUCAUUACAGAUGUGUAUUAUGUGGAUGGAACAGAAGUAGAAAGAAAAGUAACUGAGGAGACUGAAGAGCCAAUUGUAGAGUGUCAGGAGUGUGAAACUGAAGUUUCCCCUUCACAGACUGGGGGCUCCUCAGGUGACCUGGGGGACAUCAGCUCCUUCUCCUCCAAGGCAUCCAGCUUACACCGCACAUCAAGUGGGACAAGUCUCUCAGCUAUGCACAGCAGUGGCAGCUCAGGGAAAGGAGCCGGACCACUCAAAGGGAAAACCAGCGGGACAGAACCCGCAGAUUUUGCCUUACCCAGCUCACGAGGAGGCCCAGGAAAACUGAGUCCUAGAAAAGGGGUCAGUCAGACAGGGACGCCAGUGUGUGAGGAGGAUGGUGAUGCAGGCCUUGGCAUCAGACAGGGAGGGAAGGCUCCAGUCACUCCUCGUGGGCGCGGGCGAAGGGGCCGCCCACCUUCUCGGACCACUGGAACCAGAGAAACAGCUGUGACUGGCCCCUUGGGCAUAGAGGACAUUUCACCUAACUUGUCACCAGAUGAUAAAUCCUUCAGCCGUGUUGUGCCCCGAGUGCCAGACUCCACCAGACGAACAGAUGUGGGUGCUGGUGCUUUGCGUCGUAGCGACUCUCCAGAAAUUCCUUUCCAGGCUGCUGCUGGCCCUUCUGAUGGCUUAGAUGCCUCCUCUCCAGGGAACAGCUUUGUAGGGCUCCGUGUUGUAGCCAAGUGGUCAUCCAAUGGCUACUUUUACUCUGGGAAAAUCACGCGAGAUGUCGGAGCUGGGAAGUACAAAUUGCUCUUUGAUGAUGGGUACGAAUGUGAUGUGUUGGGCAAAGACAUUCUAUUGUGUGACCCCAUCCCGCUGGACACUGAAGUGACGGCCCUCUCGGAGGAUGAGUAUUUCAGUGCAGGAGUGGUGAAAGGACAUAGGAAGGAGUCUGGGGAACUGUACUACAGCAUUGAAAAAGAAGGCCAAAGAAAGUGGUAUAAGCGAAUGGCUGUCAUCCUGUCCUUGGAGCAAGGAAACAGACUGAGAGAGCAGUAUGGGCUUGGUCCCUAUGAGGCAGUAACACCUCUCACAAAGGCAGCAGAUAUCAGCUUAGACAAUUUGGUGGAAGGGAAGCGGAAACGGCGCAGUAACGUCAGCUCCCCAGCCACCCCUGCUGCCUCCAGUAGCAGCAGCACAACCCCUACCCGAAAGAUCACAGAAAGUCCUCGUGCCUCCAUGGGAGUUCUCUCAGGCAAAAGAAAACUUAUCACUUCUGAAGAGGAACGGUCCCCUGCCAAGCGAGGUCGCAAGUCUGCCACCGUAAAACCUGGUGCAGUGGGGGCAGGAGAGUUUGUGAGCCCCUGUGAGAGUGGAGACAACACCGGUGAACCCUCUGCCCUGGAAGAGCAGAGAGGGCCUUUGCCUCUGAACAAGACCUUGUUUCUGGGCUAUGCAUUCCUCCUUACCAUGGCCACAACCAGUGACAAGUUGGCCAGCCGCUCCAAACUGCCAGAUGGUCCUACAGGAAGCAGUGAGGAAGAGGAGGAGCUCUGUCAUUUUAGCCUACUGCAGCCAUCCAAGUCAACUGGGUCUGAAUGCCCUGCCAUUUUCCCCAUUUGUGUUCUAUGGGCAUCUGCUAGAGCAAACCCACGUGGAGGAAUUUUUAGAAAUUCCUCCUUUCAACAAGCAGUAUACAGAAUCCCAGCUUCGAGCAGGGGCUGGCUAUAUCCUUGAAGAUUUCAAUGAAGCCCAGGUGAGGAGUUUCUUUGUGUAACCUAAUAUAGUGGCAAUGAGAAGAGCCAACUUGCUGUGUGAGAAGAGGCCUGAGAGGGGUUGGGGAACCUGGAUAAAGUAGCCAGAGAUUUUAGGAACUGAGAAACUGCCAAAAUGUCGUUGCAUGAAAUAUAAUUUUUGUUGUGUACAGGGAAGAGAAGUUAGGACAUUGGGUUAGUUAAUGGCUCUGGUUCUGUUGCUGGGACAAAAGAAGAUUGAUAUUUAUGUUUAGUAGUAGAAACCCCUAUUAGGGUUGCUGAUUCUUAGCCUGAAAGGCUGAGUUCAUAGGUCUUGUUUGUCCCUUGAGGAUUUAGGUCCUCAGAGUGCUGCAGGUGAGGCCGAGAGAACAUCUAUGGAAAUCGUUUGGGCCUUUCAGUGAGAAGAGUGGCCUUGGACAGAAGGAUAGACUAAAUCACACGUUGGGUAGUAGUUGGGAGUCUUCAGAUCUGCUCUUCAUGGCUCACUAUGGCUGCUGCUUAGGAGCUUUCCACAGAAGUCACCAAACCCAUUAGCUCUGCUUCUUUUCUUCCAGUGUAACACAGCUUACCAGUGUCUUCUGAUUGCGGAUCAGCAUUGUCGAACCCGGAAGUACUUCCUGUGCCUUGCCAGUGGGAUUCCUUGUGUGUCUCAUGUCUGGGUCCAUGAUAGUUGCCAUGCCAACCAGCUCCAGAACUAUCGUAAUUAUCUGUUGCCGGCUGGGUACAGCCUUGAGGAGCAAAGAAUUCUGGACUGGUAAGUAUUUGAAAGCCCAUCCAGAAUUGUAUAGACAGGAAGACAGCAAGCUUUGGAGGGAAGAGAAUCUAGGUGAGAGAGUAAAGCUUUCUAGACAUUGGAAUGUCGGUAGGAUAAAUUUAAGUGGGUUUGAAAUGACUUCAGGAGUUUAGUUUAUUUCCAUAGGUUACAUUGGCUAGAAACCUUUUGAAAAUGUGUGAAGAUUUGUAUAUAGGGUCAAUAUUCUCAACCUGUAAAGUUAGAGAACUAAGUUUUAAGCAAACAUUAAAAAUAUAUAGGCUCAGGAGCGUGAUUUAGAUUAUUCUCAGCCCCAGAACAAACAUGGAAAUCAGAAAGCCAGGAUUGCAGGGAAUACAGGUCAUUCACUGCAAGAAGGAAGAGAAGGGGGACCCUAAUACAGGGCUUAGCUUUUUGAGACGAAGUCUUGCUCUGUCACCUAGGCUGGGGUACAGUGGCACAAUGAUGACUUACUGCAGGCUCAACCUCCCAGGCUGAAGCGAUCCUCCUACCUCAGCCUCCCAAGCUGCUGGGACUACAGGCACUCGCCACCAUACCCAGCUAAUCUGUUAUUUUUUGUAGAGAUGGGGUCUCGCCAUAUUGCCCAGGCUGCUGUCGAACUCCCGGGCCCAAGAGAUCCAACCACCACAGCUUCCCAAAGUGCUGGGAUUACAGGCUUGAAACACUAUGCCUGAUGGGGCACUUAGUUUUGAAAACAUUCAGAUGUACAUGAGUCCCUUUGCAGAAAGGCAGUUUGUUGGAUAUUACUUGUCAUGCUAAGGUCCUUUCCAUUACAUAGGGCUAUCUCUCUGCCUCCUUCCUAGGCAACCCCGUGAAAAUCCUUUCCAGAAUCUGAAGGUACUCUUGGUAUCAGACCAACAGCAGAACUUCCUGGAGCUCUGGUCUGAGAUCCUCAUGACUGGAGGGGCAGCCUCUGUGAAGCAGCACCAUUCAAGUGCCCAUAACAAAGGUACCUGAGUGUGUGUGUGUGUGUAUCUUUGUUCGAGAGAUCUCCUUAGACCUCUAGGUGUCAGGCCUUGUGGUCCAAGGCUCAGGCCUAAUAGGUUGACCGUAUCCAUGUUUCUUAGAGAAGAAAAGUACCACCUUCAAGGGGUGAGUCAACAUAAAUGAAGCACUGGGCAUAUAUUUGUUAAAUAUUUCUACAAGGUCAGCACAUAGUGAUUAUACCUCUACUUUUGGUCUUGAUCAGCAGUGUGCUUGACAUAAUAGGGCUUUGGUUUGUGCAGAGUGGGAUGUAUUGGUUAGAAUCAAAUCUCUCUUUGUAAUGGAGGGCUAAAUUGAGUGUACUUUCCUUCUUCACUUUCCCUUGCCCCUUGCAGAUAUUGCUUUAGGGGUAUUUGAUGUGGUGGUGACGGACCCCUCUUGCCCAGCCUCGGUGCUGAAGUGUGCUGAAGCAUUGCAGCUGCCUGUCGUGUCACAAGAAUGGGUGAUCCAGUGCCUCAUUGUUGGGGAGAGAACUGGAUUCAAGCAGCAUCCAAAAUAUAAACACGAUUAUGUUUCUCACUAAAGAUACUUGGUCUUACUGGUUUUAUUCCCUGCUAUCGUGGAGAUUGUGUUUUAACCAGGUUUUAAAUGUGUCUUGUGUGUAACUGGAUUCCUUGCAUGGAUCUUGUAUAUAGUUUUAUUUGCUGAACUUCUUUUAUGAUAAAAUAAAUGUUGAAUCUCUUUGGUUGUAGUAA